AUGCCCAUGAAUGAUCUGGACCAAUGCAGGGCAAGAUCAAGUAUGCUCUGGAUGGCCAUUCUGGGUGCCAUAUUGGUAUGGUCUGCAGCCCCUGGUGCCGCUGUUAACUCUUCACAAAGAGGACAAGCUUAUCAAAUAAGUCCCAAACCUUGCUGGGUAGACGGACAACAGGGUACUUGUAUGUUCGUUUAUGAGUGUAUCAAGUCCGAAGGUUUUCACAUAGGAAUGUGCGUGGACACUUUCAUGUUUGGGUCUUGCUGUGCUCAUAACAACACAGACAACACAGUGGUGCCACACCAACCUCACCACCAAGCUCACUCACAAGGUCGUCCCCAAGUGUUGUACACUAGUCAAAAUAGUCCCGACACCAAAAAGCCAGGCAAACCAACCACCAGCUACAGUUCCAGUAAACCUAGACCUACAGGCCGGCCUCAGCUAAGCUACUCCACCAAGAGCAGGCCUGUGACGGCUUCUCCGCACGGCUCGUCUGCCCAGACGGUGGCGGCAUCUAUGAACGUCAGGCCGGGUUCCUCGUCUCGUCUACCAACGCAGCCGCCAAGACACAGCAUCAGGCCGAUGAGCACAGACGCCUUCGCGAUGGCGAACAGCAUCUCCAUAGGUCACUACACGAAACCGGGGUGGCAGUCUACUACAGAACCGGGAUUCAUCACCUCGCUGAACCACAAUUCGAUGCAGCACGGCGACAAACCCUCUACACAGUGGCAGUAUACUACAGAGCCGGGGUUCGUCACAAGGGUGAAAAAGCCGAGUAGUUUUAAGCCUAAGAACAAGCCCACCAAGAAACCUGUGUCGAAUACGACAAAGUUUGCUACUAAAUCCACCAGGCCUACAACUACGAAAAG